AGUCACCAAAGCUCGUCGAUCUCCGUCCGGCCCCUGACUCUGUUGCUCCUUGCGCUCGAAGCAAUCUGAAAGCUUCGCAGUAGGCCCUCCGGGUUGCAACUCUGGCGUAUAUUCUGACCAGUAGAUCAAGAGCAGAGCAUGGAACCAAUAGGCGGCCAGUGCUCACAGUUGUGUAAGAGUAAUAGUUUCAGUACCAGCGGUCAGAAGUGCGAGCGCGAUUUGGCAUUCGGAAUAGAGGACGUCAGGCCUUGGGGCGCACAGCAGAAGUUUAGCGCAGCUUUCGCAGAUUGCGUGAAGAAGCCCUCAUAACAGGAGCUAGUGGAGCAUCAGUCUGACAGUUAUUGGCAAACAUAUAGGGAGCGACCAACAGAAUAUAAUGGAAAGCGAGAGCGUGCUUCCUUGCCCCUUAUUUGAGGGAAGCGAGAAACGCCUUGCGGCCGAAUUCUCCUUUGGAGCCGCCAGCCGUGUUGAGGGCCUCCGGGCGCUGCGCCGUGGCCAGAUCGAUGCGCUGCUGCACCAGGCGGCGUGCUGCAUCGUCUCGUGCCGAUCCAACGAGGAAUUCGAUGCCUACGUGCUGUCCGAGUCGAGCCUGUUCGUGUACCCCGACAGGCUCGUGCUGAAGACAUGCGGCACCACCGCGCUGCUGGCUGCCGUCCCGAUGCUGCUGGACCUGGCAGCGUCGCUGGACAUGCGCCCCUCCAACUUCAAGUACUCCAGGGCAUCCUUCCUGUUCCCGGAGAAGCAGCCGGACCCCUACCUGUCUUUCGAGCAUGAGGUGGCAUUUCUGGAGGCCCAUUUGGGCCAUUUGGGCGGAGGAGGGAACGCGUAUGUCCUGGGAGACGCGCUCCACGGCCUGCGCUGGCACGUCUACGUGGCGUCCGACUGCGGCUGGCCGGCAGCUGCGCGCAGGGAUUCCUCCGCAGACCACUCCAUCGAAGUCUGCAUGACCGACUUAUGCCCCGUCAAGGCGGCGCAGUUCUUCCGUGGCGACACAUUCGUCUCGGCACGCCGCACGACGGCCAACACCGGGAUCGCCGAUUUGUUGCCCGCCGCCGACAUCGACGAAUACGUAUUCGAACCGUGCGGCUACAGCAUGAACGGGCUUCAGGGCGAUGCUUUCUCAACCAUCCAUGUCACGCCCGAAGCCAUAUGCUCCUACGCUUCUGUGGAGCUGACUGGAUGCGCGCAAGAGGAUGUUGCCGCUUUCGUCGCCAAGGUGCGCUGCAGCAGCUGUGCAUCCUGUGUCAAGCUAUUCCACUACAGCGCAUGUUCUGCACCCUUCUGCAACCUCUAG